AUGCAUUACACUUCCCUCCUCUGUCUCCUUGCCGCCACCGGCGCUCUGGCUGCCCCUCACAGCCGCCGUCAGGUCGACAACGAAAUCCGAGUGUCUCUCAGCGACCUAGGCGAAACCGGCGCCCAAGUGACUCUUGCAGAAGGCGUGCGCGACACGGCCAUCCCAGCCCUCAGCGGGCCCUUCGCCACCGUCGAACUGACCCUGGGCACGGACGUGCAAGACCAAGCCCUCCGCUGCCAGAUCCUCGACCACAUGGGCAGCCCGAUCGUCGUGCUCCGCGGCGCCAACACCGACAUCACCUUCGCCGACGGCGGCAAGGGUGCCUGGACUCUCCGCGAGCCCAGCAUGGUCAGCCAAGUCGUGUGCGACCCAACCUUUGCGCAGAUCGAUUCGGACGCCGGCAAACUGCGCGUCGUCCUGGAGAGCCAGUCCACCGAGACCGGCUCGCAGACCGUUCUGGAGGCAGGACAGCGCGAGGAAGCCAUGCCGGUCGGCUCUAGCGGGCCGUUCGAGACCGUCGAGCUCCGCGUCGGCGAGUUGGUCGAGGAUCAAAAGUAUCGUUGCCAGGUCCUCGACCAUAUGGGCAACCCGAUCAUCGUUCUCCGGGGCGAGAACCGCGAUAUCACUUUCUCCGAUGCGGGCAAGGGUGCCUGGACUUUCGAGACGCCCAGUCAAGUCAGCGAUAUCGUCUGCGAUCCUACUUUCGUCGCGGUUGCGGUUGCGUAA